CGGCACCUGACCUGUGGUACUCCUUACCCCGAAUACGUUAGUUAUGUACUUGUACUAUGACUAAUCCAAUGGCUCAGUUCCCGAUCAGGAAAGGAGCUUAAUGCUGGCCUCAGGACCGUAACUGACGUGAGUGUCUCUGCCUGGGACAGGCGUGUGGGGUACAGUGCAUAAAGAACCUCAACCAACACUACUGCUCAAACGACUUUUUGUGUCAAUGCUCGGGGUCGGUUAUCUUUAUCCAGAUAUAAAUUGUUUCCGCUAUGGCUUCACAGACUACGCCAGCAAGUUCCGAGGCGCGCGAGCUGAGUUUAAUCUCCAACGUCGAGUUCAGAAUCGCGUUGGCGGAUACAGACGAGAAACUUGAUGCUUUACUCAAUAAAUAUUUGGCACCUUUAUUGCUGAAAUUGGGCUCUGAGAGCCUUGCGGUCCGCAAUAAAGUGAUUGCAGUGUGCCAGCAUAUCAAUAACAGAGUGCAAGCUCCGUCUAUUAAUCUUCCAGUAGCAGCUUUGCUGAAGCAAUUCAAGGAGCAAAAGUCCCAGCUCAUUAGGCACUUUGAUUUAAUUUAUAUUCAACAAGGCAUUGAUCGUUUGGGUGUCCAUGCAAGAAUCGAAGUUUUACUUCCAUUGCUUCAAGGGAUCUCCGAGAUUGGAACAUCGACCGACCAAGCAGCUGUUGUGUUUAACCUUGUCCUACGACUUCUACCUUUAUUAAAGCUUCCCCCUAAGGAUAGCACGGAAGAUGUGCGACUAAAAUCUCGGCUAGGCCUCUCUGACCAAGACACCAAGUUCUUGUCUUCAUGGUUCGAAAAAUUGCUGAUUCUCUUCCCCGCGGAUAAAAAUGCGACUGCUUGUCCAGGAGUAUCACCAGCAGAUUAUCUAUUCCUCAACAAGGGUGCGCCUGUACUCGAAACAUGGAACCCUUCCUCAAAGGGGGGGUUGAAUCUCAUCGAGACCAAAGCCACCGCUUUAAGAUUUCUUAGUAGCGGGGCUUUCACAGACUCGGAGCGUUUUUUCCCUGCUCUGGUGGCAUCUGCAGACCCAAAUUCCCGUCUGGCUGACCUUGGGGAGGAAAUCUUAAAACGCUUUAUGCCAGCUCUUGAAGAUACAGAUGUUGUACAGCGACUGUAUAGCUUAUACUUCGGCUCCGUGGCCUCGGAAGGCGCUACCCCGGCACGACCUGCGCUACAGAUCAAGAUCCUAGUUUACUUAGGAAAGUCAAUCAGAGCUACGAUGGAAACGGCUAAUGUACUUCGUCUGAUUGAAGAGGGUCUUCUAUCAGACGCUGCAAGGUCCUCACAAGGAUUGCAGGCGUCGAAAUUGCGAACUCAGAUUUUCAAUUUUACUACAUGGGUGGUUCGCAUGGGGUCUCCCUCAGAUCUUAAACAAAUGGCGCCAAAGAUUAUCGCGGGCCUACGAGACUUUAUCCACUCCCAAGGAUGGCCCAAUCCAGGGACUAGUGGGCAGAGGCUGCCGGCAACAGAUCUAAGCUUACGAGGACUUGCUUACGAGAGUAUCGGUAUGCUGGCGCCCAAGGUUGAUUUCCAAACACAAGGCGACCAGGAAAUACCCUCGGGCUUUGAGCUCAUCAGAUGGCUAUUCAUAUCAUUAAGCUCUGACGAUUCUAGCACUCAAAUUUUUGUGAGCAUUGAACAGGCACUGGGAAGCAUUCUUAACUCCUCUGUGGAUAGCUGGGACAAGAGGUUUCAAGAAAAUUUGCGGUCUCUUUUACUUCGCCAGAUGAGCAACCAUCCUGGGGAAGAGGACUCUUUCACGCGAUUCAAGAUCGUUCGCCGAACCCAGUAUGCUGCUGUACGUUUCUCUAAUAGGUUCUUGCCAUACAGCGAUGUUGUAGCUCGCUGGAUCAAUCUCAUGGCUGUGGCAUGCGGCUCGGAGAGACAUCAGGAAGUUGUAGAAGAAGGCAAGAAAGGGUUGCAUCCUUACUGGUAUCGACUACUGAAUCCUACUAAAGACAAAAAAUGGUUUAUAUCUGUGACAGAUGAGUCGCGCUCUUCGUGGUUCAGAUUUCCGGGUUUCUCAGAGGCAACGCAUUUUCUUCUCGGUUCGACUGCUUCCACAACUGUGCCAGGUCUUUCUGCAGCAGAGAUAUUGUCAGGUCCCUAUAAAGACGCAUUCGACUACACCAUCACUUUUCUUCGCGACAUUUUACUAUGGGAAUCACUCUCGGAGGCGGGUAUGUGCACGGAAAUAGAGCAAGACUGGGAUGUCAAACUGAAUAUACUCCUUACAUCUGACGAACAAGCGCGGUGCGCCGUGAAACACUACAUCAAAAGAUCCGACAAAGAAGCUGUGCUAAUGUUUCUGACAAGUGCUUUGUCCGGUCUUAGUAGCGGGUCCCGAAAAGACUUACGGCAGUGCGGAGAGAAUUUCAUUGGUAUUUGCUCCUUGGCUUCGAAUGACAUAGUUGGAGUUAUGGUAUCGGAGGUUGUCGCUGUGAAAAACGCCCUUCAGACCAACGAUCAAGAACUUCAGACCGUGGCCGCACGCGCACUUGGAAUUUUGGCCUCUCAUCCUGCACUUCCAGAAAUCGAUCUAAGUAAUCUUCUUUCGGAGCUCUCAAGUCUCAUAGGGCCUUGGAAUUCUGCAAUUGGCGAAGCCGUGCUUAAGAUCCGGGGCGCAAUCCUUGCGCUCUCAUAUAUCCUGAGUCGACUAGCUUUCCGCGGCGCUAUACACAAAGUUCCGCGGACAACAACCAGCCAGUUCAUUGGCACAGUCUUUGACAUAACUGAGAAUGCACGUGAAAAGUUGCUUCGACGGUCCGCACAAGUAGCCAUCGGGCAGCUAAGUCUCUCUGGGGUUCUCUCGUCGACGAUGUUUCCAAGCGAUAAAUGGGUGAUAAUCAAGGAUAGGUUGAGACCAGAUGCAAAGGCUGAGAGUGAAGCAGCGAUCACAGCAAUGGGGCUCUUAUCAUUGUCGUUCUCAAAGAUUGACCACAAAGACCCGCAGUUCAAUAACCUAUUGAAUUCCUUGUAUGAUCUGCAUGAAAUCCGUAGUCCAGAAGCCCACUUUACUGUCGGCGAGGCAUUGAGCAGUGCUGCAGCGGGAUGGGCCUCCAAAUCUCUAGCCUCGGAAUUUGACGUUGACGAAAAUUUCCCAGGGUUAGAAGUCCCGGACACUGUGCUCGCCGACAUAUGCGAAAAAAUUAUAUCCGAUUGCGGAGCAUCAAAGCCUUCUUUAAGGAAAGCGUCCUCCAUUUGGUUACUGUGUCUAGUGAGGAACUGCGGCCACCUACAACAAAUCCAGAUCCGCCUACGUAAAUGCCAAAGGACAUUCACAAACUUGCUUGCGGAUCGAGAUGAGGUGGUGCAGGAAACCGGGGCUCAGGGUCUAAGUCUUGUGUACGAUAUUGGUGAUCCAAUCCUGAAGGAUGACUUGGUGCGCGACCUGGUGGACUCCUUCACAGCAACUGGCUCGAAUCUUAGGGGUGGCAAGGUCGAUGAGAGCACCGAACUCUUUGAGCCAGGUGCUCUACCAACUGGAGGUGGAUCAUCAGUCAACACUUAUAAAGAUAUUAUGAACCUAGCUUCCGAAGCUGGUGACCCCACGCUUGUGUACCGUUUUAUGUCACUCGCUUCGAAUAAUGCCCUUUGGACCAAUCGUGCAGCAUUCAGCAAAUUAGGCAUUAGUACCAUAUUCUCCGACUCUGGGGUCAAUGGUUACCUGGCCAAGAAUCCCAAAAUCUACCCGAAAUUGUUUCGCUACCGGUUUGAUCCGAACCCAAAUGUGCAGCGGUCCAUGAACACAAUUUGGCAGGCGUUAGUAAAGGAUCCUACUGGAAUCAUCAAUACUCAUUUUGAUGAGAUUAUGGAUGAUCUGCUGAAAAGCAUGAUGGCCGGUCGGGAGUGGCGAGUUCGACAGGCAAGUUGUGCUGCUAUCUCGGACUUAAUCCAAGGGCGCCAGCCAGAGAAAUACUCCAAAUAUAUGGAGGAAAUUUUUACGAAAACUUUCAAACUUGUGGAUGAUAUCAAGGAGACCGUCCGAGCAGCAGCCUUAAAGCUUUGCCAGACAAUAAUUAACGCAGCGAUUCGCACCUUGGAAACAAGUGAUGGUGAGACAGAACGAGCAGGUAUGAUGCUAGCAAGCACUAUUCCAUUUUUGCUGAGCGACAAGGGUAUGGAAUCAGGCGUCCAAGAGGUUCAAGGAUUCGCUAUUGGAGCUUUGAUCCAAAUGAUCAAGAAAAGUCCGGGUGCGCCAUUGCGCCCAUUCGUUCCCCGCGUGGUGGAGCAGUUCUUGAACUCUCUUAGUUCGCUAGAGCCACAAGCAGUCAAUUAUGUCCAUCUCAAUGCAGAUAAGUAUGGAUUGACGGGGCAAGAAAUCGAUAAAAUGAGGCUAUCUAGUAUACGCACAUCGCCCAUGAUGGAAGUUAUUGAGCGGUACUUGAUAAAUAUACUUGACGAAACCAGCAUGAAGGAAAUGGCUGUGAAGCUGACAGGUGUGCUCCGCUCUGCAGUUGGGCUACCUACCAAAGUGGGCUGUAGUCGUGUACUGGUUCUACUGAGCAUGCGAAUAGUCCUGUUUCGUCCUUACGCGGAUCAUUUUAUCCAGCUUCUUGGGAAAUACGUCGUGGACCGCAAUGAAACAGUCAGUGCGUCUUAUUGUACAUCUAUAGGCUACCUCAUGCGGUUAGCCUCAGAUGACCGAGUCCUGAAAAUGAUUGAGCACGCGAAAUCUCUGUAUCUGACGGCAGAAGAUGCCAAACAGCGACUCAUCGCAGCGGAAAUCCUUCAUUCAACAUCCAAGUUGUCUAAUGACCGUUUCAUAACAUUUGCUGCUACUGCUCUGCCUUUCAUAUUCAUUUCAAAAUAUGAUACUGACGAAUACGUCCGAGAAUCAUUCGAGAAGACCUGGCAAGACAAUGUGGGCGGUAACCGUGCAGUAUCGCUAUAUAUCAAAGAAAUCACCAGCCUUGCCUCUGAUAAUCUAGAUUCUCCUCGUUGGGCCAUCAAGCAUACUGCAGCAUUGGGAUUCGCAAAUGGGAUCAUGGCACUAGAGUCCGAAAUCGAUCUUGCUACUAGCGAGUAUCUAUGGCCUGUUCUGGAAAAGGCCUUAAGUGGAAAAACAUGGGAUGGAAAAGAAGUUGUGGUGAAAGCUUUUAUGAAAUUCGCCAGCCAAGCAAAAAGACUUUGGCUGGAGAAGCCUCAAGCUAGUGACACAAUGAAGGCCAUAGCAAUCAGAGAAGCCAAACGGAUAAACCCAGCAUAUCGUCCGCAUGCCAUCACUGCUUUUGGCGGGAUCGCUCAAGUGCGCAAAGAUCUCACUUUAAUGUCAGAUGCCGUUAACAUUGUGUCCCGAGCGCUAAGCGCCCUUGACGAAGAGGACGACCAAAUGGAGAUUGACUCUGGCAGUGGUUAUAAGAAUAAGCAAUCCAUGGAGGAUACCUUGGUUGCUUGUGUCAAAUGCCUCUUGCAAUGUAUCAAUCUAACAACCGAUGCGUCAGCCCAAGUCAUCAAUGAUUAUGUGUCAGAGAUAAAGCGGCUUAUACUCAAAAUUCUGAGUCGUGGGGGCAGGAACGUGCAGCUUACGCUGUACGAGGAACUCCGCAUGUUCUUCAGUAGGGUAGCAACAUGGGCUUCAGCGUCACAUAGCGAGGAUAAGCUGCGUGAAAUCCAGAAGCCUUUGACGAGUCUGGCAGGGGAAAUGUUUUCUCGCGAGAUAGAUGGGUCUGCUGAAGCAAUCAGAAGAGAACGUGCGCAGGCGGCGGCUUCAUAUAUCGCGCUUUGCAAACAAACCGGACUUGAGAUCAGUGAGGACCUGUCCAGGUUGUUUAAGACAUGGAGGGAAGGCGAAAGGUCCGGGCCGGUGCAGCAAAUCCUAGAUCAAGCACUGGCAAAACUCAUACAAUAAAGCCUGAGCUAUGAAUACGAAUUAGGGUCUUAGGGUUCAGAACAUCCGAAAGGGCAACAACAUCAACAGCUGGUAGCAUCAACCUAUCAGAGUAGGCUCAAAAGUGGCCGCUACAUAGUAGUGCCUAAAAUACCAGGAACGCGUAAAUUCCAUAGCGCAUUGAUGUAGUUCGAGGAGUCCGUUUCCGAUCAAGAUUAGUUGGACGCCUGUACGAGUAAUUGGCUUGGCUACGAGCUGUAGUACAUAGAACGGUAGAGCCUGCCAGUCAAUCGUACUACUGAGAAGGUAGUUAUCGUGUUUCCCCCCCCCCCUUUUUUU